AUGAUUGGCGCUGGUGCAAUGAUUCUUUCGUACAUCACACUCCGCUUUGAAUUCUUCGUGCUAGGACACUUCAUGAGUGGUCUACUGAUGGCUCUGAAAGUCGUACUGUUCAUCUACAUGGCCGAAUGCAGUCCCGACGACAAGCGAGGAUUCACAUCAAUGGUGGUUAAUUCCGGUGCUGUAAUAGCUGUACUUGUUAUCACACCGCUCUGCCUUCCAAGUCUUGUCGGCUCCGACACCCUGUGGUAUGUGAUUCCAACAAUCUGCGGUCUGAUGGCAGUUGUUCACCUAUUAAUAGCCAUUCAUUUCCCUCAGAGUCCUAAGCAGCUGUACAUUCAGGAUGGUAAGGAAGAAGAGGCCAGAGCAGCGUUACAAUACUACUACGGCGAUCGUUACAACUUAGAUGAAGCAAAAUCGAGGAGAUGGAGACUGAGAGAACUUACGAGACUCACAAGAAUAUUUCUCUGA